AUGUGGCGGCCCUUGGCUCUGCUGUCGGGCCUGACAGUGGAGCGCUACAAGGACCGGGCGCAGCGGACACGGACACUUCUGGACCACCGAGAGGUGUGCCGUCGCAGAACCUGCGUGCAUUGCGAGUACCAAAGCACUCUACAAGGUGUCUGUCCCCAGACGGGUGUGCGCUAUUGGGUGGCGCGGCCCAGUGAUUCUGCGGGCCGCGUGGGGGUUUUGGAACAGCAGCAUUGCUUCUCAUUGGCCGAGGGAGGUCCUGCUGCUGCCGUAGCUGCUCAGUUGCCACGCUUGGCGGUGGAGUGCUUUGAAGAGCGGCAAACGCAGGUGCCUUUGUGGUCUCGUCAAACUGAAGAACCUGCAGCCGAAGCCUGGGCUGAGGCAUUGACCAUGGCCUUCGUGACAUGCGACCAGCAGCUGCCUGACACGGAGUUGUGCUCGGCGGUGCUCAGUGUGAUAACCAGGAGUGGCAUCUACAUUGCCAGCUGUGGUACUUCUCGCGCGGUACUGGGCAGUGCUGCGCUGGAUGGCGUGACUGUCUUCUGCGACGAGGCCUCCGUGCCCCAUGAUGCCACGAACGACGCGGAGCGGCAGCGGCUGGCGGCAGGAACGCUCUCUUUUCCGCCAAACUCCACGUGGCGAGGGCUCGGUGGUCACAAGAUCAAGGAACAAUAUCCAGGUGUCAUUGCUAUGCCAGAUGUCGUCAGGAUCCAGUAUAGCGAGGGCCGCCGCCUCAUUUUGCUGGGCUCUAAGAACCUAUGGCAUUUGGGGCCGCGACUUCCUGUGGAGCGCGCGUGGGAAGCACUGAGGGCAGGCAAAUGUCCUGCGCUGGAGGCAGCCAACGGUAGCCAGGGAGAUGCCGUGGUGCUGGCCCUGCUGAUUCCGCCCAAGCUGAAGGAGACCAUCAGCGAUGACGCGAGCAUCAUGACUCCACUUUGCUUUCAAGGGCACCGUGGAUCUAUCGCUGAUACCAACAUGCUCUUGGUCAAGACAAGGAACUCCAGUUUGCCCCACUGCGGCAUUCAGGAGCGAACUUUGACCUACCUGGAGAGAAUCGACAACGAGCCAAGCGACAUGAGGUCCCUUUCGAUGCCUAGCAGCAGGGGCCUAGCUGCGGAAGCUGUGGAGGUGAACCCGUUCUACAGCGAGCGGCUGCGGCAGGAGUUGGUGCUUCGAUCGCAAAGACCUGAGCAUCUACCUGCAGAAGAAGAUGAAGGGCGAGUUCCGCCUGUGCAAAAUGGUAGGGCGCUUCAACACCGCAUGGCACUGUGCUUGGUGAACCUCAACUUCAAGCUCGGGCUUUGCACGGCGUUGGGCAGAGUGUGCGUGGUGAAGCUUCUCUUCAUGAUCGGGCAUUGCAUGGUGCUGCGCUUGGCGAUGGAGCUCUUCAUGAUCGGGCAUUGCAUGGUGCUGCGCUUGGCGAUGGAGCUCUUCAUGGUCGGGCUUUGCAUGGCACGGUUCUUGGUGAUGGAGCUCUUCAAGGUCGGGCUUUGCAUGGCACGGUUCUUGGUGAUGGAGCACUUCCUGAUCGGGCUUUGCAUGGUGGUUCUACGGCGAUCCCUGGGCUUCAAGAUCCUCUUCAACAAGGGCAUCCUCUUCAAGGAGCACAAGGGCAAGGAACUAUGGGUGUUGCACCAAUGCCAACAUCAUGGGAAUCUGCUGGUGGAGGUAGUGGCGGAAAGUUGGAGUUGCCAACGUUGCCAAAUGGUGGAUAAGGGAGGAGCUCCAGCUGCCACUCCUGCGACCACUGAACUGUUGGCAGAAGCCACACAGCUGCAGUUGCUGAAGCAAUCAGCAGAUGGAUCCGCCGUGAAGCGCCUCCACGUGAAGGACCUGAAGAUCCUACUGGCGUUGUUUACGCCGAAGACGAUGUCCGACCUGUUGGUGAAGAUCACCCAUUGCCUGGCCUUGAUGACCCUGAGCUCUCUGGUGAUCCUCAAGAACAACAACCUGGAGAUGGUCAACCACCUCAACAACAUGGUGAACGAGAUCAACAACAAGCGGGCCAUGAAGCUCAACAUGAACAAGGUCUUCCUACAGGAGUCGCACAAGAUGAACCUGAUCCUCUCCAAGAAGAAUCGGAGAUCUGCAAGAUUGAUGGCACCUUCCCUGAACAAAUGUGCUUCUGCAAUGAGCUUUUUUGUUGGUCAGACGUUGCUGACCGAAGCUACAGCUCUGGAGUUGAAAAGCGAGAGCGAUGAAGCUGAUCCGUUGUGGAUAGCUGCGGUGCUGCUGAUGAUCCUUGGGGCAAUCUAUGCAGGCAAAUUGACAAUGAUGUCAGCGAAGUGUUGCCUGAGACGAUUGCAAUGGGUCAACGCUCUGCGCGCGGUGGCGGAGAUUUCUGCGCGUGCGGCUGCUGAUGGCGUCAGUGUUGAGAGCGCUUUGCAGCGGCAUGCAGCUGGAGUGAGCGAGGCAUUGCUGGGUGGUGAAAGGAGAUUCAAAUUCAAUUUGGCUGGGUGCCAAAAAUUCGAAGUUUUUCCUCCAACGAAUCGUGAGACCACGAUUGGGGGAGUCUGUCAGGUCAUGACGGAGUACAAGCACCAGCUGCGGUCCAUCGACUCGGCAGUUGCGGAGGCUGCUGCUCUUGAAGAGGCCCAAGCCUCACAGGCAGCUUCGGCCAAAAAGGAGAUGGAGCAGGUAGCUGAAGAGAUUAAGACCCUCCUGGAAGAGGAGCGAGAAACUACCACGAAGCUUGGCAACAUCCAAGAGGAGCGUAAGAAAGCUGCAGCACUUCUGGAUGGAAAGAGAAAAGAACUGCUGGAGGCUGAGCGCAUGUUGACGAUGUUGGAGGUCAUGGGCAAGAACAAGCGCAAAGUACAGGAGCUGGAAGAGCAGCGAGAAAAGGCCGAACAGAUGGUCAAGGAAUCGGAACAAAAGAAGAAGGAAACGAUUCAGGGGGAGCAGGCAGCAGCGGGCCAGGCAGCCGAGGUCCAGGCAGCCUUGGUGCAGCUGGCUGUCCAGACAGCAACUUGGCAGCAAAGAGAGUUGCAGUUGACAGAGGCAGUUGAAUUGGAGAGAGGUUCUCCCUAA